CGCGCGCAGGUUUCCUCGCUUUCUCCACAUGAAGCUCUGAAGUGUAAUUUUCUUUGGCAUAAUUCAGGCUCCCUCUGGCUCCCGUACUCUCUCUUAUACAUCGCGUUUAUGUGCAAUAUAGGUUUAGAUACGAUAUGUGACGCCGCGAGGCAGGUGCUCUCUCACGCGCGCCAGGUAAGGAGGGCGUUCUGAUUUGGGGACGCUGGCCGCGCGCACAGGUGAACUAUCGACUACGCUCAGGAGGUAAAAUAGUGCUGCUGUGGGACAGGUGGGCUUUUCCAUCCAACUUGGUCUGGUUUGACUGUCCGGUGAAGCCCCCAAAAGAGGGAGCGAGACCCCGUACAGGUGGAGCAGCUCACGUGCCAUGGCGCGAGCGGCUAAAGUGGGAAUAACACCGCUGUUCCUGCUGCCGCUUCUGUUGGUGGUCGGGCUCGUGCCGCGCGCUAACGCUAAAAAAGACUGUGUAUGCAGUGGACAGUCCAGAUGUCAUUGUGAUGGAAUUAAAGGUGAAAGGGGAGAACCAGGUUACCCAGGAUAUGUUCCUGGACUGCCAGGUGAAAUGGGACAUCCAGGACGGGAAGGUGAACCUGGACCCAUGGGCCCCCGUGGGGAUAUAGGACGUCCAGGGCCUCCCGGGCCAAAAGGCUCACGGGGUCUUGAAGGAAGGCCUGGAUCCUUUGGUCCUCCAGGAAUACCUGGUUUCCAAGGGCGCGAGGGCCCAAGAGGGUUGACUGGUUACACAGGAUGCAAUGGCACAAAGGGUGAUGUUGGACCUCAGGGACAACCAGGAGCUUGUGGAAAUUGUGGCAUACCAGGACCUCCAGGUGUACAAGGUGAUAAGGGGGAUACAUUCUGCUUUGAGAUUAUUCCGGCUCGGGCGGGGCAGAAAGGUCUCCCUGGAGUAAACGGGAUAAAUGGGGAGCCUGGAGUACCGGGCCGGCCCGGAGAUAAAGGUCUAGAAGGAUUACCGGGAGCUACAGGAUCAAGAGGGAGGCCCGGGUCACCCGGACUGAAGGGUAUAGAGGGUCGAAGCACAGGAAUACCCGGCCCCCGAGGUCAGAAGGGUGAUAAAGGUCCACCGGGUCCACCUGGACCAAAGGGCAUCAAGCUGUAUGCAUCAGGAACCAAAGAACUAAAAGGAGAACCUGGAGGCAUGGGGGAUAGAGGCUGCCAUGGACAGACAGGCCCCAUGGGUUCACUCGGCCCAAAAGGAGGGAAAGGAGAGAGAGGAGAUCCGGGUCCGGAGGGUAAAGUUGGUAAAGAUGGGCUUUGUGGAGAGUUUGGGUCUAAUGGAGUUCCAGGAAUGACAGGAUCUGAUGGACCCCCUGGUAUUCCUGGUGCAAGGGGAGAUCGGGGUGAUCUAGGUCCCAGGGGUCCUCCAGGAAGAGUCGAUGUAAGAAAUGAGAUAACGAAAGGCCAAAGAGGACGUCCAGGUGCACCUGGAUUACCGGGCCCACCAGGCAAUCGAGGCGAAUAUGGCUUUCCGGGAAAUCCAGGAAAUCCAGGAGACCCUAUACCUGGAGACCCUGGGAGUCAGGGCCCCCCUGGCGGUAGAGGGUUGAAAGGGGACAAGGGUGAGCAAGGACCAAACACAGAGGGCCCCCAAGGACGAAUUGGACUUCCGGGUCACCCAGGAUUUGUUGGUGACCCUGGUCUUCCAGGACGCCCAGAAUAUUUUGAACGUUUUGGGCCUCAAGGGCGUAAAGGGGAGAAAGGCAGGCCAGGGCCCAAAGGAACUAAAGGAAGAUAUGGAGAGCAAGGGGAACCGGGAGACAUCUGUAGACUGUGCUAUUUGUCAGAGGAGAAACCUGGUCCUCGAGGAAUUCCUGGUGACCCUGGUCAACAAGGACCUCCCGGAAAUGAUGGACGUCAAGGCGAUCCAGGACCACCGGGUAAUAAGGGUUUGCUUGGUCUACCUGGUCUUUCGGGAUCCUAUGGCAAUCCAGGAGCACCAGGGUGUCAAGGGCCCAAAGGAGAUCGUGGCUUUAUGAGUGGUUGUGGGCAGAAAGGGGACCCAGGUGACCCAGGGCCCAAGGGAAACCCUGGGAGGACUGGCAGGACUGGAGAUCCAGGAGAUCCAGGAGUUAAAGGCCCAAUGGGAGAAAAAGGCAAUCCGGGUUCCUUGGGGGGUAAGGGGGAUCAAGGUUUCCCAGGCCUAAAUGGACUGGCAGGACGUGUUGGACCAAUGGGAGGACAGGGGUUCCCUGGCGUAGGACUGCCAGGUCCUCCUGGUGCAAAGGGCGAUUUUGGUUGUGAGGGUCAAAUGGGGAGACAAGGAGAUCAAGGUGAGAAGGGAGAGCCUGGAACAGCCUACCCCACUCCUGGAGAAAGAGGACCACCUGGAAUAAAGGGUCAACGGGGACAAAGGGGCCCGUCAGGGAUUCCAGGAGCCAGUGGAAACCCAGGGCCACAAGGCCAACUUGGUCCAAAAGGCCAGAAGGGUCAGUCCUAUGAUGGAGGACCAGGAUUUCCUGGAUACAAAGGAGAUAAAGGCUUGCAAGGUCGUCCAGGUGUUCCCGGUAUUGGAAAAGUAGGUCGUCCAGGACCUUCAGGAGCACCUGGAAUGCCAGGAGAGAAGGGUAAUAUAGGUUUUGGCCCUCCGGGGGCCAUGGGCAGACAGGGUGUCCCGGGAUGUGAUGGAACACUUGGACCUAUUGGUAACUCUGGUUGGCCAGGAUGCACUGGAUCUCGUGGACAGCAAGGGAGAGACGGAGCACCAGGGAGUCAAGGUGGACCAGGACCUGAUGGCCCACCCGGGUUAAUUGGCCCUCCUGGAGUUUGUUCUCCUGGAUGUACUGGGAGUAAAGGACCCAUGGGCGAGAAUGGAAGACCUGGAUUCCCAGGCCCCCCUGGAUGUAAAGGUGAGCCAGGUGACCCUGGACAGCAUGGGUCAGGUGUACUCGGUCCUUCAGGUCCAGUGGGAAAACCUGGGCCGAAGGGAGGAUCUGGGGCAUUUGGGCCAAUUGGAUCAAAGGGCUUCAAAGGGAGGGAUGGAAUGCCUGGCCCACAAGGCCCCCAAGGGAACCAGGGGCCUCCUGGGAGAAGUGGCCCUCCUGGACGUCCUGGAUCCUGUGGCAUUGCUGGAUGUCCUGGGGAUAAAGGUAACAGAGGAAUUGAUGGACCAACGGGUAACAGAGGUCUGCCAGGGCCUAAAGGAGACCCUGGAGCUCCAGGCUUUAUAGGGCCGAGUGUUAUUGUUGCAAACCCUGGAGAUCCAGGAAAUAGUGGAGACUUAGGUCCACCUGGCUUUCACGGUGACAAAGGUAACAAAGGAAUGCCAGGACUUCCCGGAAACAGUGGUAAAAAUGGGAAUCCAGGCUGUGCAGGACAACCAGGUCCUCCUGGAGACCCAGGUACAAAUGGGUGCCCUGGUGUACGUGGCCAGCCUGGCAUUGAAGGAAGUAUGGGAGACAUGGGAGUGCCAGGUCCUGAUGGUCCCAAAGGGAUUACAGGCGCCAGAGGAGUACCAGGAGCUGAUGGUAUUCCGGGAGAUGAUGGACCAAAAGGAGACAAAGGCGAUCCUAGCUUACCUGGACCAGGAGAUCCAGGACGCCCUGGAGAUAAGGGUGAGCCGGGCACUCCGGGCAUUAAAGGAAGAAAGGGAGAGAGAGGCUUAAUGGGUUCUCCUGGUUAUCCAGGUGCUGAUGGACCUUAUGGAGCCAAAGGCGACAUUGGACCACCUGGAACACCAGGGCUUCCAGGGGUUGCUGGAGAAAGAGGUUUAGAUGGAAAUCCAGGACCCCAAGGAUUUCCAGGACCACCAGGCCCCCCAGGUUGUUUGGGGUCACCAGGAAAUCCAGGGCCUGCAGGUCAAAGAGGAGAAAUAGGCAGAGACGGUAUUCCUGGACCUCCUGGGCCAAAAGGAGAGAAAGGGGUUCCUGGAUAUGGACAGUCUGGAGCACCUGGUGUUAAGGGUGAAAAAGGGCGUAAGGGGGAUCCUGGGCUACAGGGCCACCCCGGACCACCAGGAUGGUGUGGAGCAGUGGGAGACCCAGGAAGCAGUGGCCCACCAGGACCCCAGGGGAUUCGCGGGAAUCCUGGUGCUAAAGGAUUAUGUGUAGAUGGACCAAAGGGAGAACGAGGUUUCCCAGGACAACCAGGAAGACCAGGGUGCCUAGGUCCUCCAGGUCCUCCAGGGCCUCCUGGGCCAGGACAAAAAGGUGAUAAGGGUGACCCUGGGCCUUUAGGACAGACAGGACCUUCUGGUAGCACAGGAAACUCUGGCCCGCCGGGGCCUCCAGGUAGAGAUGGGAUUAAUGGUUAUCCUGGAAGCAAAGGAGAAAUGGGGCCAAAGGGACUACCUGGACCACAGGGUGAGCCAGGAGACUGUGGGAAUAACGGAGGCCGUGGUCUUCAAGGACCAAAUGGACCACCAGGCGGACCGGGUGAAAGAGGAAGAGAUGCAUACUCCAGAAGGACUCCCAUCCCAGGAGAUCAGGGUCUACCUGGAGGUCCAGGGAAUAGAGGAAUGGGCGGAGAUUAUGGUCCACCUGGUCCACAUGGUCUAGAAGGACGCAAAGGGCAGAAAGGAAAAAGUGGCAGAGAAGGCAUGCCUGGUCCUCCGGGUAACCGUGGAUACAAUGGGGACAGAGGGUUAACAGGGUUACAGGGAGCUCCAGGUUUUGAUGGCCCUCCAGGUCAGAAGGGAAGAAGGGGCCCAGCAGGAAAUAGAGUCAAUGACAGCUUCCUGUUCACCAGACACAGCCAAAGACAAAAUGUGCCACAGUGUCCAUCAGGAUCACAGCUAAUCCACUCGGGAUAUUCACUGCUUUUUAUCAACGGAAACAACCAGGGACACGGGCAAGACCUUGGAACUUUGGGGAGCUGUCUACAAAGGUUCUCCACAAUGCCCUUCCUUUUCUGCAACAGCGACAGCACCUGUCACUACGCCUCUCGCAACGACUACUCCUACUGGCUGUCCACCGAAGUGCCCAUGUCCAAAGAUGCGCCCCCGAUCUCCGAAGGUUUUAUACAGCAGUACAUCAGCAGGUGUUCGGUGUGUGAGGCUCAGUCUAAUGUAAUAGCAGUGCACAGCCAGACCAUUUCUGUUCCUGACUGUCCCAGCGGCUGGGAGCCUCUGUGGCAAGGCUACUCUUUUGUCAUGCAAACUGGUGUGGGUGCAGAGGGCUCAGGACAGCCUCUGUCCUCACCUGGUUCCUGUCUGGAGAAUUUCCAAAAGGUCCCAUUCAUCGAAUGCCACGGCCGUGGCACCUGUAGCUUCUACACCGAUUCUUAUAGCUACUGGUUGGCAGCUCUGGAUCCAACGCUGAUGUUCAGUAAACCCAACCCAAAGACACUGAAAGAUGACUGCCAACAAAGAAUCAUCAGCCGCUGUCGGGUCUGCAUGAAGCAGAAGAGAUGCUGUUAGAGAAAAUCAACUGAUAACACACUUCGUACUAUAUACAGAAUACAUCGAGGUGUAACGUUACUAUAGACUCAGAAUCAGCCCUCACAUCUUUCUGAUUUGUACUGGAUCGGAUUCUGCUCACCCACUCUGCAGCGAGGGUCUUGACGGAGGGGCUUCAUGUGCUGUGAGGGCGCUAUGAGGAAGUGAAACGGGAGUAACUUGAAAAUAAUGGACUUGUUAUGACAACACUGUAAUGAACCUUCUUUACCUGUGGGUCAAAGCACUUGAUGUGAACGAGCCUAAUGAAAAAGCCAUGUAUUACUGACUAAUCUAAGGUGCUUUACACGGUAGCUAAAAACCGCUUGCUGCAAACCUUUUUUUCUUUAAAUGUGGGCCAGUAUUGACAGUAUUCUAGUGUGUUCUAUAUUUAAGCCUGAUAUUAACACAUUUUUGCUUUUAUAACAGUUUCAAUAUGUUUUUUUGGUACUUUUAUCUUAAGAAGAUAGAUUGCAGAUGAUACAGCAGAGGGGUUACUGUGUCUGGCAUGCUUCAUAUUGUUUAAUUCAGACUGCAUUAACCUCUGAUCAGCUUGCUCAGUAAAAUAUCCUAAAUACUUGGUAUAGGAAUAACCUGCAUAUCUGCGGCACUUAUAUUGAUAAAAAGUCAAGGUUUUAAUAAUGCACAUUAAUAAAUUAAGAUUGGCCAUCUCACAGUAUUGUUUGCUAUUAAAGCCAUGGUCAGAGCACAGGCUGCAUCCCAGUCAUGAAAAGAUAUAGAACUAUUAGAUAAAUUCUCUACACUGAUAUGAUGUUUUAACUUGCAUUGUGGAAUAAAAUUACGUUGUCCAUUGAAACCACAAACAAAUAUCUGGUAUAUAGAGUAUAUGUAAUGGAUAUUUAUGAAAACUCAUCUUUACCAUACUGCAUUCUACUUCACAUACUCUAAUAUAUCAAAUAAUCAGUAUUACUAAUCAGUAUUACUAAUCAGUUUGCAAUUAGGAUGUAGCCAUACACUAUAUAUAAACAAAACUGUUCGGGAAUCUGUCUCUACUGUCCACUCCAGCUAAUCCCCAACUCCACAAUGCAUCCUAAAAGAAAUAUUGGCCAAUAGGUUCAUGUUCAUCUGCCUUAAAAAGAUUCUAUUUGCAGUACUUCUCAACAGGCAAUAAAUAAGAUUUUUUUUGCAUAUAUAACAUGUGUUAUAUGUUAUAUGACAUAUAACAUACCUGAAAGUUUUGCUAUCUGAUCUAUUUUUGUAUAUGUAUAUAUUAAUUGCAUUUUUGUACACUGCACAGUUCUAUAAAAAUAUGUCUGACUUGGUGUUUAUGUAUGUAAUGGUGUUACUCUGGAUCAGUGCAUUGUCUUCAGUACAAUCAAGGAUACUUUUGGAUUUAAUAUAAACUGACUGACUGCAGAUGUAUGUGCUGUGAUGUCAUUCUAAAUGUAUACAUUUUACACUUAAUUUCAGGGUUGUUAGUUAUACAUAUUGCGAGACAGUUGCAGAAAAAAAGUAUGUGUACUCUUUGGGAUUACUUGAAUUUCUGCAUAAAUUGGUCAUUAAAUGUGUUCCGUGAAUUUUGGAUCAUUCCUCCUCACAAAACUGUUUCAGUUCAGCUAUAAUAUUCUUAAAAUAUCUGGUGUGAAUCGCUCUUAUGAAGUCAGGCCAAAGCAUCUCAAUUGGGUUGAGGUCAGGACUCUCCAGAAGGAGUAUUUUUUUCUGUUGAAGUCGUUAGGUUGUUGAUUUACUUUUAUGUUUUGGGUCGUUGUCCUGUUUAAUUGUUAACACUGUGAAUGUUAACAUGUUGUGUUCAAUAAAACCAUGCAAACAUAUUUUUUUGUGUCACAUACGUUUAAGCUGACUGUGUUUGUCUAUUGUUGUGACUAAGAUGAAGAUCAGAACACAUUUAAUGACCAAUUUAUGCAGAAAUACAAGUUAUCCCAAAGGCUUUACAUACUUUUUCCUACAACUGUACUUGUAUUGCUAGUUAACAUUUUGAUAAAGCACCUUAUAGAAGGAUGAGUAAGGAGGAUUCAUUUACAGAAUACGUCAUUUACAGACGCCAUGAAGAAUGUCAACCAGUGGCUGAAUGAAUGCUCUUAAAACUGGUAAAUCACCAUGAUGUUGUCAUUCAGUAAAGAUGAUUAAGUCUGU